AUGUCGAGCAACGUCCUCGGCGACAAGGACGUCAACGCCCCCGUUGCGGAGCAGCAGGCGUCUGCCAAGGAUGUUAAGAGCAUGGAGUAUCACCGCCAGGUGUUCCAGUCCAAGAUGGCCGAGGACAAGUCCGGCAAAUACGUGUCGCCAUCCGACAACAUCAUGAGCCCGUGCACGGCCAAGAUCAACGCGCUGCGCAACAAGCACGCCGCCAAAGUCAAGCCCAAGUCACUCUUCGCCCAGGCCAGCGUUAAGAAGCUUAACGAAGAAAAUGCCCUUGGGGCGCGGCCGGCCCAGCCCUGA